UCUUGUGUGGGAGAAGGUACUUAUGGGAAAGUUUAUAAAGCUAGGAAUAACGAGUCUGGUAAAUUUGUAGCUUUGAAAAGAAUCAGGAUGGAAGGUGAGAAAGAUGGAUUUCCGGUGACUGCUAUGAGGGAAAUAAAAUUGUUACAGGGGUUGAAACAUGUUAAUGUUGUGAGGUUGGUGGAGAUGAUGGUUUCGAAAGGCUCCGUCUACAUGGUCUUGGAAUAUAUGCAACACGAUCUCACCGGUCUUCUCUCCCUUCCAUCUCUUACAUUCUCACAAGCCAACAUAAAAUCUCUCAAUCACCAAAUGCUCUCCGGUUUGGCAUAUUUACACCGACGAGGUAUCCUUCAUAGAGAUAUGAAAGGUUCGAACAUUUUACUCAACUCAAAAGGAGAAUUAAAAUUAGCGGAUUUCGGUUUAGCUAGGGUUUAUCAUAAACGUCGAAAAGCGGAUUAUACAAAUAGGGUUAUAACACUUUGGUAUAGAAGUCCUGAAUUAUUAAUGGGUGAAACUGUUUAUGGUCCAGAAGUUGAUAUGUGGUCAGCGGGCUGUAUAAUGCUCGAACUAUUCACCACCAAACCUAUCUUUCAAGGAAAUGACGAGAUUCAUCAACUUGAAACUAUCUAUUCUAUCUUAGGUACACCUAGAGAAUCCGAUUGGCCAUCUUUGAAAGAUUUACCAUGGUACGAACUUGUCAAACCUCAAGAAAUCCGAUCUUCAAGGUUUAGGGAUAGUUUGGGUAGAUGGUUAUCCCCUGCUGCUUUGGAUUUAGCGGAAGGAUUGUUAUUUUAUGAUCCUGUGAAAAGGUUGAGUGCUCAAGGUGCUUUGGGUACUAAAUAUUUUCUAGAGGAAGAACCA